GGAAGAUGCGCGGAGCUGUCUGCGAGGAGGCCUGGCGCCCAAGGCAGAGGGGUGGGGAUCGGGGGUGGGCUGCGCCCUCCCGCUCUGACCCAUUCCGCACCCCACGGAAAGCAGACGCUGUCAGCUGAAUCACUCCACUUUCGGGAGGAGGGAGGGGACGGAAAGGUAACUAGCCCCUUUCUGCUUAAAAGAGCAAAGGGAGAUCGUGGGCAGCCUUGCAGCUUCCCCCUCCCCACUCCUGGACCAUGCACCCCUGCAUCUUCUUGCUCGGCCACAGGAGAGGACUUGAUUUCUUGAGCUAAAACUUGUUGACUUUUCUCUCCGCAACAACUGAACCAUGCCAUGUGCACAGAGGAGCUGGCUUGCAAAGCUCUCCGUGGUGGCUCAGCUCCUAAACUUGGGGGCCCUUUGCUAUGGGAGACAACCUCAGCCGGGCCCUGUGCUCUUCCCGGACAGGAGGCAAGAGCAUUUUGUCAAGGCCCUGCCAGAAUACCACGUGGUGGCUCCUGUCCGAGUCGACGCGAGCGGACAUUUUCUAUCUUAUGGCUUGCACCAUCCUGUCACCAGCAGCAGGAGGAAGAGAGAUUUGGAUGGCCCAGAGGACCGGGUGUACUAUAGAAUUUCCCAUGAGGAGAAGGACCUGUUUUUUAACUUGACGGUCAAUCAGGGAUUACUUUCCAAAAGCUACAUCGUGGAGAGGAGAUAUGGGAACCUCUCCCAUGUGAAGAUGGAGGCUUCCUCGGGUCCCCCCUGCCAUCUCAGGGGUACAGUUCUGCAGCAAGGCACCAGGGUUGGGACUGCAGCCCUCAGUGCCUGCCAUGGACUGACUGGAUUUUUCCAUCUGCCACAUGGAGACUUUUUCAUUGAGCCUGUCAAAAAUCGUCUGCUGGCUGAGGGAGUAUACCACCCACAUGUCAUGUACAGGAGGCAGAGGCCGGGCGUCCCAGAGAUGAAGGAGCCAACCUGCGGAUUAAAGGACAGUCUUGGCACCUCCCAGAAGCAAGAGCUACAGCGAGAGAAGUGGGAGAGGAGCAAGCUGCCAGGCAGAAGCCUCUCUCGGCGUUCCAUCAGCAAGGAGAGGUGGGUGGAGACACUGGUGGUGGCCGACACGAAGAUGAUUGAGUACCAUGGGAGCGAGAAUGUGGAGUCCUAUAUCCUCACCAUCAUGAACAUGGUCACCGGGUUGUUCCAUAACCCAAGCAUUGGCAAUGCAAUUCACAUCGUUGUGGUUCGGCUCAUUCUACUUGAAGAAGAAGAGCAAGGACUGAAAAUAGUUCACCAUGCAGAGAAGACACUGUCCAGCUUCUGUAAGUGGCAGAAGAGCAUCAAUCCCAAGAGUGACCUCAACCCUGCCCAUCAUGAUGUGGCCGUCCUUCUCACCAGAAAAGACAUCUGUGCUGGUGUCAAUCGCCCCUGUGAGACUCUGGGUCUGUCCCACCUGUCGGGAAUGUGCCAGCCUCACCGGAGUUGUAACAUCAAUGAAGAUUCUGGACUCCCCUUGGCUUUCACAAUUGCCCAUGAGCUUGGACACAGCUUCGGCAUCCAGCAUGACGGGAAGGAGAAUGACUGUGAGCCUGUGGGCAGGCACCCGUCCAUCAUGUCCCGCCAGCUCCAGUACAAUCCCACCCCACUGACGUGGUCCAAGUGCAGCAAGGAGUACAUCACCCGCUUCCUGGACCGAGGCUGGGGGUUCUGUCUUGAUGACAACCCCAAAAAGAAAGGCUUGAAGUCCAACGUCAUUGCCCCUGGAGUGAUCUAUGAUGUUCACCACCAAUGCCAGUUGCAGUAUGGCCCCAAUGCUACCUUCUGCCAGGAAGUAGAAAAUGUUUGCCAGACACUGUGGUGCUCUGUGAAAGGCUUUUGUCGCUCCAAGCUGGACGCUGCUGCAGACGGGACGCGAUGUGGCGAGAAGAAGUGGUGUAUGGCUGGCAAGUGUAUCACAGUGGGCAAGAAACCAGAGAGUAUUCCCGGAGGCUGGGGCCGCUGGUCACCCUGGUCCCACUGUUCCAGAACCUGUGGAGCUGGAGCCCAGAGUGCAGAGAGGCUCUGCAACAACCCCGAACCAAAGUUUGGAGGGAAGUACUGCACUGGAGAAAGAAAACGCUAUCGCUUGUGCAACAUUCACCCCUGUCGCCCGGAUACACCAACAUUUCGGCAGAUGCAGUGCAGUGAGUUUGACACUGUUCCCUACAAGAAUGAAUUCUACCACUGGUUUCCAGUUUUUAAUCCAGCACGUCCAUGUGAGCUCUACUGCCGACCCAUAGAUGGCCAGUUUUCCGAGAAAAUGCUGGAUGCUGUCACUGAUGGUACCCCUUGCUUUGAAGGCGGCAACAGCAGAAAUGUCUGUAUUAAUGGCAUAUGUAAGAUGGUCGGCUGUGACUAUGAGAUCGAUUCCAACGCCACGGAGGAUCGCUGUGGUGUGUGCCUUGGGGAUGGCUCAGCCUGUCAGACCGUGAAGAAGGUGUUUCAACAGAAAGAAGGAUCUGGUUAUGUUGACAUCGGAAUAAUUCCAAAAGGAGCCAGGGACAUACGGGUAAUGGAGGUUGAGGGAGCUGGAAACUUUCUGGCCAUCAGGAGUGAAGACCCUGAAAAAUAUUACCUCAAUGGAGGAUUUAUUAUCCAGUGGAAUGGGAACUACAAGCUGGCAGGGACCGUCUUUCAAUACGACAGGAAAGGAGACCUGGAGAAACUGAUGGCCACAGGUCCCACCAAUGAGUCAGUGUGGAUCCAGCUUCUGUUCCAGGUGACUAACCCUGGCAUCAAGUAUGAGUACACAAUCCGGAAAGAUGGCCUUGACAAUGACGUGGAAAAGCUGGUGUAUUUCUGGCAGUAUGGCCGCUGGACAGAGUGCAGUGUAACGUGUGGGACGGGUAUACGCCGCCAGACUGCCCAUUGCGUGAAGAAGCGUCGCGGGAUGGUGAAAGCUACGUUCUGUGACCCAGAAACACAACCCAAUGGGAGACAGAAGAAGUGCCAUGAAAAGGAUUGUCCACCCAGGUGGUGGGCAGGGGAGUGGGAAGCAUGUUCGGCGACAUGUGGGCCCCACGGAGAGAAGAAGCGAACAGUGCUGUGCAUCCAGACCAUGGGCUCUGAUGAGCAGCAGGCUCUCCAGGCUCAAGACUGCCAGCACCUGCUGAAGCCCAAGACCCUCACCUCCUGCAACAGAGACGUCUUGUGUCCAUCAGACUGGACAGUGGGCAACUGGAGUCAGUGUUCUGUUUCCUGUGGUGGCGGAGUGCGGAUUCGCAGUGUCACGUGUGCCAAGAACCACAAUGAGCCCUGCAACGUGACAAGGAAACCCAAUAGCCGAGCUCUAUGUGGUCUCCAGCAGUGCCCAUCUAGCCGGAGAAUUCUAAAACCCAACAAAGGCACAAUUUCCAAUGGGAAAAAGCUACCAACAACUGACCCCUUCAAGCCCAUCCCUCCAACUACACCUAGUCCUAGGGUGCUGACUACGCCCACAGUGCCUGAGCCUAUGAGCACAAGUGCUCUGACGAUUCACAGCCCUGGUCCUACCACAGCCUCCAAAGAAGGAGACCUGGAUGGGAAACAGUGGCAGAAUAGUUCAACCCAAACUGAACUGGACUCCCAUUAUGUCAUUUCCACUGGAAGUACUUCCCAGCCCAUCCUCAAUUCCUGGUCUUUGAGUACCCAGCCAAAUGAAGAGAAUGUUUCCAGUCUAGACACUGGUCCUAUCUCAGAGGGAGACCUUGUAGUCACAACAAUGAGUGGUUCUGAUUUGUCAGCCUCCAGCAAUCCUGUGGCAUGGCAGGUGACUCCAUUUCAUAAUCCCUUGACCAAAGAGCCAGAAAUGGAGAUUCAUAGUGGCUCAGGGGAAGACGGUGAACAACCUGAGAACAAAGAUGAGAGCAACUCUGUGACAUGGACCCAGAUCAGAGUACCUGGAAGUGAUGCUCCCGUGGAAAGAAGUACAGAAAUGCCCCUUGGACCUCCACCAACACCUUAUCUUAGAGGGGCAUCCCUGUGGCCACCCUUCAGCACAGUGUCGGAAGGACUGGUGCCCAGCCAAAGGCCCACCACUCUCAAAAAUGGUGCACCCAGAGCUGAGGGGAUGGUCACCGAAAAGCCAGCUAACACUCCACUCCCUCCGGGAGGAGACCACCAGCCAGCAUACUCAGAAAAGCCAGUAAACCAUCACCCCCAAGAACUUCCAAGCAACAUGAAUCUAACACAGAGUUCCGGACCUGUCCUGACCGAGGAAGACGCAACAAGUCUGAUUGCUGAAGGGUUUUUGCUGAAUGCCUCGGAUUACAAGCAGCUCUCCACGGGCCGCAGCCCUGUGUACUGGACUGUUGGAAACUGGAGCGAGUGUUCCACCACGUGUGGCCUGGGGGCCUACUGGCGGAGCGUGCAGUGCAGCACCCACGUGGAUUCCGACUGCGCUGCCCUGCAGAGGCCUGACCCUGCUAAGAGGUGCCACCUCCGUCCCUGCGCUGGCUGGAAAGUGGGAAACUGGAGCAAGUGCUCCAGAAACUGCAGCGGGGGCUUCCAGAUCCGGGAUAUUCAGUGUGUGGACAGCCGGGACCACCGCAGCCUGAGGCCAUUUCACUGCCAGUUCCUGGCUGGCCCUCCUCCUCCACUGAGCAUGAGCUGUAACCUGGAGCCCUGCGAGGAGUGGCAGGUGGAGCCUUGGAGCCAGUGUUCCAGGUCAUGUGGAGGUGGAAUUCAGAAGAGAGGAGUGACUUGUCCAGGAGGCCUGUGUGACUGGACGAAAAGGCCCACAUCCAUUGCACCCUGCAAUGGGCACCCUUGCUGUCACUGGGCCACUGGGAACUGGGACCUGUGCACUGCAUCCUGUGGAGGUGGCUUUCAGAAGAGGACUGUCCAUUGUGUUGCCUCAGAGAACAAUAAAACUGAAGACCAGGACCGAUGCCUGUGUGAUCACGAACCCAGACCCCUAGAAUUCCAAAAAUGCAACCAGCAGGCCUGCAGGAAGAAUGCUGAUUUACUUUGCACCAAAGACAAGUUAUCAGCCAGUUUCUGCCAGACACUAAAAGCCAUGAAGAAAUGUUCUGUGCCCACCGUGAGGGCUCAGUGCUGCCUCUCGUGUUCCCAGACACACAUCGCCCACACCCAAAGGCCAAGAAAGCGACAGCCACUCAAAAACCCCAGAGCACCCUAAGUCCAGAAGAAAGCCACCCUCCACCACAGACUGCAGCAGCCUGCUGACCAUGACGUGUUCUAGGCCCAGGGACCACUUCAUUGCGGUUUUACUGUGUAUUUCAGGUUCAACUUUGGCUCAUAACUAAACAAAGCCCACUGUUCUUUAGCCACAAAACGCCCCUCAUAGGAGACAUGAGACUGUAAUACUCACCGCUCCCCGAUAGGCAGGU